GACCACCAUCCAAUUCUUUUUUCUCUCUAGUAUAAUGUAUAAUUCUUUUUCUCUUCUUCCAUUACAUAAUUAAUAUGAUGAAUAUGGAAGUGAAAUAUUCAUCAUAUGGUUUCUACAAUAGAAACAUGAGUGAUGGAGAUGGGGAGAAAAUCCAAACAAAAGAAGAUAUGUAUAAUAAUAAUAAUAAUAAUGAGAGAGGUGGUAAUUCAGGUUUAGGAAAUAUGAGUUUUCACAACCUGUCAAAGCUCAUUCUUCCUCCUUUAGGUUCCUCUGGUUAUAACCAGAAUCAGACUGAUCUGCACAAAGGCAACACUAUCUCACCUAUCACUUCAACAUACAGGUGUUGGGAGACACUAAUGGUGCUAUUGGUGGCAUAUUGUGCAUGGGUAUGUCCAUUUGAGAUAGCAUUCAUGAACUUAAAUCCAAACAAGAAGCUUUACAUCGCAGAUAAUAUUGUAAAUCUCUUUUUUGCUGCUGAUAUCAUCUUGACCUUCUCCGUCGCAUACAUUGAUUCAACCUCUCAGUUGCUUGUUCGUGAUAGAAGAAAAAUUGCUACAAGAUACGUAUCAACAUGGUUUCUGAUGGAUGUGGCCUCUACCAUCCCUUUUGACUUACUUGCCAUAUUGUUUACUGGCAAACAUCAAGUUGGCAUCUCUUACUCUGUUUUAGGAAUCCUCAGAUUUUGGCGUCUUCGCAAAGUUAAGCAAUUUUUCACCCGACUUGAAAAGGAUAUGAGAUUCAGCUAUUUUUGGAUCAGAUGUGCUAGGCUUUUGUUUGUAACACUAUUUUCAGUGCACUGUGCUGGAUGCCUCUACUACUUGUUGGCUGACAGAUAUCCCCACCAAGGAAAUACUUGGUUAGGAUCUGUGAAUCCCAAGUUCAGAGAGACAAGCCUUUGGAUUAGGUACAUUUCAGCUAUUUAUUGGUCUAUCACCACCAUGACAACUGUUGGCUAUGGUGACCUCCAUGCUGUUAACACUGUCGAAAUGAUCUUCAUCAUUUUCUACAUGCUCUUCAAUCUUGGCCUUACCGCUUACAUUAUUGGCAACAUGACCAAUUUAGUUGUUGAAGGAACCAGUCGCACCAUGGAAUUUAGAAAUAGCAUACAAUCAGCUUCAAACUUUGUGAGUCGUAAUCACUUGCCUCCAAGACUGAAGGAGCAAAUACUGGCUUACAUGUGCUUAAGAUUCAAGGCAGAGAGCUUAAACCAACAACAACUAAUUGAACAACUUCCCAAGACAAUCUGCAAGAGUAUCCGACAUCAUUUGUUUUUGCCAACUGUUGAAAAGGUCUAUCUUUUCAAGGGUAUCUCCAGGGAAAUUCGCUUGCACCUUGUUGCAGAUAUGAAGGCUGAGUAUAUACCCCCAAGGGAGGAUGUCAUAAUGCAGAAUGAAUCUCCAGAUGAGGUUUACAUCAUAGUUUCAGGGGAGGUGGAAAUGAUUGAUAGUGAGAUGGAGAAUGAGCAGAUUGUUUGGACUCUGAGAUGUGGAGACAUGUUUGGAGAAGUUGGGGCCUUUUGUUGUAGGCCUCAGAGCUACACGUAUCGGACAAGGACACUUUCACAACUCUUAAAGAUAAGAACAAGUUCUUUGAUUGAAGCAAUGAAGAGCAGACAAGAGGAUAAUGUCACCAUGAUGAACAACUUUCUUCAGCAUCAUAAGAAGCUCAAGGAUCUAAGACUUACAGACUUGUUCCUUGAUGUUGGGGACGAAGAUAGCGAUCCAAACAUGUCCAUCAAUUUGUUGACUGUUGCCAGUACAGGCAAUGCUGCUUUUCUUGAUGAGCUUCUCAAGGCAAGAUUAGACCCUAAUAUUUGUGAUUCCAAAGGGAAAACUCCACUGCAUAUAUCAGCAUCAAAAGGGCAUGAAGAAUGUGUAAUGGUGCUUCUCAGACAUGGAUGCAACAUACACUUACAAGAUGCAAAUGGUGACACCGCAUUAUGGGAAGCUAUAGCAGCAAAACAACAUCCCAUAUUUGAAAUCCUGUACCAUUGGGCAUGUAUUUCUGAUCCAUAUGUUUCUGGUGACCUCCUAUGUAAAGCAGCUAGGAGGAAUGAAUUAACAAUUAUGAAGGAACUCCUCAAACAUGGAUUACUUGUUAACUCAAAAGAUCGACAUAGAUCAACUGCUAUCCAUGUUGCAAUAGAAGAAAAUCAUUUAGAUAUGGUAAAGCUUUUAUUAUUAAACGGAGAUGAGAUUGAUGAAACAUUGAAGGACAAGCUUUCAUCAAUGAACCUAAGUGAAAUGCUGCAAAAACAAGAUGUCGGGCACAGGAUAAUAAUAUCCGAUAUGGAUAAAGUUGAUCAUAAGGAGCAUGAACAGGAACAAAAAUACGACUUUGAAAGCCAUACAGAUCAAUGUGCUUUUAGAGUUAGCAUAUACAGAGGUCAUCCUGAGUUCAGGAGAAGCACUCAGUGCAAUGAACCAGGAAAGUUAAUAAAGCUUCCCGAUUCACUUGCAAAACUCAAAGGCAUUGCAGGCCAGAAGUUUGGUUUUGAAGCAAAAGAUGCAGUGGUGACAAAUGAAGAAGGAUCGGACAUUGACUCUGUGGAAGUCAUACGGGAUAACGAUAAGCUUUAUAUAGUUGAGUAUACAAACUCCAUAAUGUAGCAUAAUUCUGUUCUACUAGAAUUUAAGUAUUUGUUCACACAAUUAGCCAUCUAUAAAACAAACAGUCUUAAUCA